AUAUACAUUCAAGUCAUAACAAGAAGCAAAAAUUGCAAUAUACUCUGAUUUCGUAAAUAAAUAAUCAUUUAUUGCGAGUAUGUAGAUUAAAUAUUUCAAUUGGAAUGAGAAUUAGACAAAUUUAAGGAAUUAUAAAGAAUCGAUGAAUUACUAGCUACGGAAUUAUCUAACUGAAUAACAAUACACAGGGAACUCCAGUAGGGCCCAAACAAAGAGUCUCUUAUGAAUAGGCUGAGCUCUGCAGCAUAUGCAGUAAAGAAAAUUCGACAGUAUUCUAAUAAAAACAUGGCCAAAAUUGUGUUUAGGAUUGUUUUGCUCCAGUUCUAACAAUUUGCAUUAUUCAAAACUUAGCAAUUAAAAAGAGUAGCAGAGAAGUUUUACCAAUUCUUCUUGCCUGCUCCAUGUGCUCGAACUUGCGAACUGGUAGCAAAUAUAAAUUCAGAGAUGGAGCCUGAAAAACCAUUUGCAUGUACAAUACCGGAUUGUAGGAUGACAUUCACUAAUGAAGAUCAUCUUCAUGUACACACACGAAAACAUGAUAUGGUUUUACAGUUGGGUAUGGAGCAGAAGGCGGCAUUCGCUGCUGACCAGACACCAACUCCAACUCGAUUUAUAAGAAAUUGUGAAGAAGUUGGAUUAUUUCAAGAUUUGCAAAAUGUUACUGUCAAUCCGUUUGAUGAAGGAUUCAAGAGGGCUAUGGAAGCCAAGCAUACAACUCUCGAAUCAUCCAAGGACGACGUUCUGCAUACUCCACAUCUGACAUUUCCCUUGGAUGGUGACUGUACAAUGUACACGGCGAAUAAUCAGAGAAAUAUCACAAUAAGCAGAUCGUCUAGUGACGAAUCGGGCGCUGUCAAAGAAUACGAAACAACGACAAUAUCAAAGCUAACAAAUGAAGUCACAACAAUAAGUCGACUUGUGAAAGAUGAAACGAAAUCUGACAAGAAAGACCACAACACAGUAUCUUACACAAAUAACGUUAUAAAAAUACAGGAAAUACGAAAAGACGGCAUCGUCAACAUCGAGAAGAACGAUAAGCACAGCGAGAAAAAUUGUAGAAAAGACGGGAUUGACGGUAAAAAAGACAGGGUUGACGCGAAAAAAGACAGGGUUGACGGAAAGAAAGACGGCCCUGACAGUCAUAAAGUCCCACCAAUAAUGAGUCAACAAUCUUUGGAUUUUGUAGUUGAUAGCUUGACAGCGGAGAACGAAAUAGAAAAUGAUUUAGAAGUGAUUGUUAAGUUGCCAAGUGGAAAACGUGUGAAAAUGAAGUCCGUUCAAGAAAAUGCGAAGGAAAAGUUGAGAAAUGUAAUUCAAAAUAAAAUUAAACCUGUUCCGUUGAUACCCUGCGGCACAUUAAUACCAGUAACAAUAAAACCAAGAACAUUAAUGCCUAUACCGAGAGUGAAUAGUGUUAGUGACAGAAGUGUUAGUGAAGUGAAAAAGCCCGUGGAUGUGUUGCAAGAGAAGAGGAUGUCUUCAUCUGCAGCUUCCAAACGAUAUAGAGAUCGUGUAAAACAGAGGAAACAACGGGAAUAUAUUGAAUUGCAAUCCGAAAUUCAGAGAUUGCAGGAUGCGAAUCUGAAAUUGAGCGCUCAACUUAAUUUAUAUGAUCAAAUAAUUAAAAAACAUUCGAAGAAAUGCCCGGCUGCUGAUGAUUUGAAAAUAGUCCAACAAGAAAUGGAGAAAAUUAAACAGAUAUGAAUAAUAAAUCGUUAUUAGAUGAGAGAUUUUUAUACGUUUCUCUCCAAUUGCUGACGGUGUUUGAGGAGCGAAAAAUCUUGCCAUAAUAUUGCUAUUGUUUGUGAAUCAUUCCAGAAUUUUAUAAUAAAUUGAUAUUUUGUUU